AUGCCUCUCCAAACAUUCUACCUAUUCGGACAAAGUCCAUCGACCGCCAAGGAGAUUGAGAUCGAUGCAUCCCAGACCUUUGAGAACUUGAAAUUUAUAAUUGCUGCUCAUUUUGCCAUCGUCGAGCCAAAUGGGAUUGGCUUCCAAGGACCGGAUGCUGUCCUGACAGAGGUCUCGGAGAUUUGCGCAGCCACGGCUCCCAUCUCACUGACAAUCGAUGGACAUGCGGUUCGCGAUCCACCCUCUCCGAACGAAUUGCCUUUUGUCGGUACCUUCUUCGAAGUUUAUCCUGAUCACCUUGGAAACCACCAACGUCUUUUCGAGAAAUAUGGGCCGAUUAUCAAAACAAGCAACCUAGGCCGCAUCACCUACCAGACCAAUGACCCGGAAAUCUCUGCCAUCGCUUUCGCGGAAUCUGAUUUUUUCACCAAGAAGAUCAAUGAAGCCCACCCACUCUCCGCUCUCAAAACGCCCGCUGCUGGUGUUUUCCUCGGAGACACUGACACGCCGGAAUGGAAGGUUGCGCACAAAUUCUUGCCCCCGGCGUUGGGUCCUAAAGCAGUUCGACACUACGCCCCAACCAUGCAACAGACAGUGGAGGAUUCGUUCAAAGUAUUUGAUAAGCUAGAUGAACAGGAUGAGGCCUGGAAUGUCUACAUGUACAUGCUCAAGCUCGGUUCUCAGGCAGUUGGUAAGCUUACGCUUGGACUGGACUUUCAGCAUUUCAGCGAGCCGGAUUCUCCUAUUCAUGAGAUGGUCCACAGUAUCGCGGAGCUCCUUUCCCUCAAUAAAAAGGUCACAUCAAAGGGUGAUUGGUAUAGCUCAUUGCCAUUUGGUGAUCCCAAACGACUCAGGACGUUGAAGGCUCGCAUCGAAGAAAUGGUGGAGGAGUCGAUUCAAAAGGCGUCAAGAGGAGGAGUGGACGAUCUUCCUUUACAAGACGCUGCCUUGACAGCAAGCAACAUGGUCGAUUAUGCCGUUCGCGCUACCGAUAACAAGGGCGAAAAGCUGCCAAAGUCCAGUGUUGUCUGGGCUCUGGUCGUGGCCACUGGUGCUGGUUUUACCACCACUAGCUCACUCCUCUCUUGGCUCAUCUACGGCCUCUGCACAUACGAGGGCAUGCAAGAGCGCCUCCUGCAAGAGUUGAUUGACCAUGGAUUCGACGAGAACACUCAAAUGACGGCCGAGCUCACGGAUAAAUUGGAGUUUCUUGAUAAAUAUAUCAAGGAAACUCAGCGUCGUCACAAUCCCUCCUUCCAACCCGGACGAACGACCAAGGUGGACAUGAUUCUACCAGGGGGCUAUAGGCUGCCCAAAGACGCGGUUGUUAUUCCCGCACUUCACCAUAUUCAUAACCAUCCUGAUCUUUGGGAUAAUCCUGCUCGGUUUAACCCUGAUCGCUGGGACACUGAGGAAGUCAAAUCCCGGCACAAGGCGGCAUACAUACCUUUCGCGAUGGGUCCCCGUAUGUGUAUCGGGUUUAACUUUGCACUCCAGGAGAUCAAAGUCUUCCUUCCUAAACUUAUCUACCGCUACAAGUUCUCGCGGGAAGGCGACGGUCCGAUUGAGUAUGAUCCGAUGUUCCAGCUGAUCAGGCCCAACAAUCUCUAUGUACGCGCAGAACGGCGGGUUAGGUGGCCGUGCAAGUCAAGGGGUGCUAAGGUCUGA